AUGGGCCAAUCGCUUGUGGUAGUCCUUAAUGGGUAUGAUCUCUUGAAAGAAGCACUGGUUACAAACGAGGAUGCCUUUAAUGAUCGACCUUUUGUGCUGUUGGAUGGGGUAAUUGGCCUUGCUUUUGCUAAUGGAGACCUGUGGAAGGAACAAAAAGCCAUCACUAUGACAAUCUUUCGCAACCUUGGAGUGCACACACAAGUUAUGUCAGAGAGGAUUUCUGAAAUAGCAGCCAUCAAUAACGACCUCAUCGGGCAGCAGAAAGGACAGCCUAUAGAUCUCGAAGAGAUACUAACCCUAAGUAUAACCAAUGUUGUCAGCUUUAUCAUGUUUGGACGAUGUUUUGAAUAUGACGAUGACAGACUUAUCAAAACCAUUACUUAUAUAAAAUCGAUUAUUGUAGACGGCGAUACACGGAAUCUCGCGGCCUAUUUCCCAUGUUUAUCGUUCCUUCCUGGAGACGUAUUCAAGCUGAAGAAGAUUGCUGAACAAGGACGCUAUAUCAUGAACUCCUUUUUCAGGGAAAAUAUUCAGAAAUGUACAAGUGAAAAUAUCGACGGUCAUAACUUUGAUAAUUAUGUCACAAUGUAUAAUACUAAUCGAAACCAGAAACUAGAAGCUGGAAAGUUCACCCACUUGACCGAUGAAAGUUUGAUAAUGACUGUAUAUCAUCUGUUUGGUGCUGGAAUGGAAACUACCUCAACCACACUGAAAUGGUGUAUUCUAUACUUUCUGCAUUACCCAGAAACUCAAGAGAAAGUCUAUCGCGAGAUUGAACAAGAAGUAGGUAUUCACAGAUCUCCCAACAUGGCCGACAAGAACCAAUUGAAUUACUUAAAGGCCUUCAUUCAAGAAACUCAAAGAAUUACAAGUAUUUUUCCAUUAAGUGUUGCGCAUAUGUGUUCUAAAACAACAAACUUAAGGGGAUACACAAUCCCAAAGGGAACUCUGAUAAUUCCCAAUCUGGACUCCGUGUUACAUGAAAAGAAGAUUUGGGGUGAAAACCUACACAUUUUCAACCCUGAACGCUUUCUCGAUAACACAGGUAAAGUUAUAUUCGUAGAAGAAUUUGUCCCUUUUUCUUUGGGAAAACGUAUGUGCCCCGGAGCGGCAAUGGCAAGAAUGCAAUUGUUUUUAUUUCUUUCUUUGAUGGUUCAGCGUUUCAAAUUUGUACCUUCGGAGCCAGGCAGCCUUCCAUCAUUAACACCUCAGUUUGGUCUUACUGUUUCUCCAAUGAGAUUUCAAGUGAGAGCUUUAGAGAGGAACUU